GAGCUGCAGCCAUGAAUGAAGAAAAUAUGGAUGGAACAAAUGGAUGCAGUAAAGUUCGAACUGGUAUUCAGAAUGAAGCAGCAUUGCUUGCUUUGAUGGAAAAGACUGGUUACAACAUGGUUCAAGAAAAUGGGCAGAGGAAAUUUGGUGGUCCUCCUCCAGGUUGGGAAGGUCCACCUCCACCUAGAGGCUGUGAAGUUUUUGUAGGAAAAAUACCUCGUGAUAUGUACGAAGAUGAGUUAGUUCCUGUAUUUGAAAGAGCUGGGAAGAUAUAUGAAUUUCGACUUAUGAUGGAGUUUAGUGGUGAAAAUAGAGGUUAUGCUUUUGUGAUGUACACUACGAAAGAAGAAGCCCAGUUGGCCAUCAGAAUUCUGAAUAAUUAUGAGAUUCGACCAGGGAAGUUUAUUGGUGUUUGUGUGAGCUUGGAUAACUGCAGAUUAUUUAUUGGAGCUAUUCCCAAGGAAAAGAAGAAAGAAGAAAUUUUGGAUGAAAUGAAGAAAGUUACAGAAGGAGUUGUAGAUGUCAUUGUCUAUCCAAGUGCAACUGAUAAGACCAAAAAUCGUGGUUUUGCUUUUGUUAAGUAUGAGUCUCACAGAGCUGCUGCUAUGGCUAGGAGAAAAUUAAUUCCAGGUACAUUCCAGCUGUGGGGCCAUACCAUUCAGGUGGAUUGGGCUGAUCCGGAGAAAGAAGUUGAUGAGGAAACCAUGCAAAGAGUGAAAGUUCUCUUUGUAAGAAAUUUAAUGAUCUCAACUACAGAGGAAACAAUUAAAGCUGAAUUCAAUAAAUUCAAACCUGGUGCAGUUGAACGAGUGAAAAAACUGAGAGAUUAUGCUUUUGUUCACUUUUUCAACCGAGAAGAUGCCGUGGCUGCGAUGUCUGUCAUGAGUGGGAAGUGCAUUGACGGAGCAAGUAUCGAGGUGACGCUUGCAAAACCAGUGAACAAAGAAAACACUUGGCGGCAGCAUCUUAAUGGCCAGAUGAGCCCCAGUCCUGAAAGCCUGAUUGUGUACGCUAACAAGGAAGAGGGCCACCCCAAAACUCUAGGCAAGCCGCCAGCUCUUCCUGCUCGUCUCAACGGCCAGCACAGCCCCAGCCCCCCUGAAAUUGAGAGAGGCACUUACCCUUUCUUUCCUGGGACAAAGCUUACUCCAAUUAGUAUGUAUUCUUUAAAGUCCAGUCAUUUUAAUUCUGCAGUAAUGCACUUGGAUUAUUACUGCAACAAAAAUAAUUGGGCGCCGCCAGAAUAUUACUUAUAUUCAACAACCAGUCAGGAUGGGAAAGUACUCCUGGUGUACAAAAUAGUUAUUCCUGCUAUUGCAAAUGGAUCCCAGAGUUACUUUAUGCCAGACAAACUCUGCUCUACAAUAGAAGAUGCAAAGGAACUGGCAGCCCAGUUCACGUUACUUCAUUUGGACAAGUCCUUUGUCCCUCACCAUAGUGAUGACCGAGGAGACAGAUGGAGCAUUUCCUCUUGCUCUGUCACUGCAACCGAUAUAACUCAAUCCUGUUUGACGCAUGUUCCUCUGCGCAACCUGCUUUUCCCUGUUCAUGACUCAGUGUCUGGAUUCUGCUCAUGUUCAUCCAGAACAACAGGGGGAUAUAAAUCAUCAAAUCAAAACACCUACACAAAUCUAAUGAUAUUAGAAACGUUGGAUGAAAGUGGAUUUUAAAUGGUAUUUUGGUUUAUUUAAAGGGACAGCGGGCCACAGAAUAUGAAAU